CGUUUAAUAAAACUUAAACUAAAAUCCAUUUUGUAUCUAUAUGAUAAAAAGGACCACAUAAUAGUUUGUUUCGAAUAUUUAGUUUUUUUUUAAAUCUUUACAGUGUUAACAUAAAUCAGUGCAAACAAUAAAAAUAUAAAAUGAAUUUUAUAAGGAUUAUUUUACCAAGUACCGUACAUGUGCGGCAAUUUUACAAAAGUUUAUUACAUAACCAAAUACAAAUAAGAGUUGCAAAUGAAACAGAAAGCAUAAAAGUUCCAAUUUCAGAAGAAAAUAACAAACCAAUGAAUCCAAAAAUUGAUAAAAUAGUACAUGAUAUUACUUCUCUUAAUUUACUUGAAGUUGCUGAACUUAGUGAUUUAUUAAAAAAAAGGCUUAAUUUACCUGAUUCUUCGAUUUUGCCUGUUGGAAAUUUUAUUCAAAAGGAGGAAGAAGAAAAAUUACCUCAGCCAAUUAAGAGCUUCUUUGCACUUAAGUUGAUAAAGUAUGAUGACAAACAAAAGGUUGCUUUGAUAAAAGAAAUAAAGAAUACUGUACCAGGAUUAAAUUUAGUUCAAGCCAAAAAAUUUAUUGAAUCUGUUCCUCAAAUUGUAAAAAGUGAUUUAACCAAAGAUGAAGCAGAAUCUUUAAAACAAGUGUUAAUCAAAGUUGGAGCAGAAGUUAUUAUUGAAUAAUUAGUGUACUGUAUUAUUCAAUAAAUAUAUAUACUACAUUAAUAAAU